AUGACGGAACGCGCCGAGGAGGCGGAUCCUUUUCUCCCGCUUGUGCAUCGCCUCUCGGGAAAGGCCGAUGAUCUCGAAAUGGAGCUCCGACGGAUUCGAUGGGAGUUGUGGGAACGACGUCAGCUGGUGUUGGAUACGCAUGGAGGGGGACGCUGCGCCAACGCGCGGCGGGCGAUGCUGCGGGCCCUUCACCACCCGCACGAUUCUACACCGUCCACAAACAAGAUAAAUCCUCCUCACACAAUCAAUAAGGAUCCCCACAAUGAAAAGAGGGAGCGUACGACUCUAACGACGAACCAGCUUCAGCCAUACUCAAAUUGGCAUGGAUCCCCUUCUGUAAUCCUGCGGACGGCGGCUUUUCUUUCGAGACGCUUUUCGGAGACAUUUGUGAAACCACCACAUUCUCCUCAUUUCCGUGAUAACAAAAACGACGCCUCCUCGAAAGAAAUUGAAACGCUUACACAAAAUAUUGACUACAUCCGCCGCGUUCGCUCCUACCAUGCACUAAACUACUACAGUCGGAUGAACCUCAUCCCAAAGCGGCAUAUUGGGCAUGCCGUGUAUCUCAUCCUGUGGAAUUUGUGGAUUGGAUUUCAAAACGGCCUCGGUUGCUUUAUUUUCUACACGAUGCGCGAAAUCAAAAAAUCUGGAUGGAUUCGAGGCCUUUUUCCAGGAGUUUUAAAGGGAGGAUGGGACGCUUUGAAGUUUCUCGCCUACGGCUGGAUUGUUUCCCCGGUGAUUCAUAUUCCCUCUGGGAUCCACAAUAGCUUCUACGGGCCUCUGAACUUUCUUACCGGGAGGUACUUCUUCGACUCGCUCAGCGGGCGAUGGAUGGUGUGCAAUGUCGUGGAUACGCUUUUAUUUCGACAUUUAUUACAGCGUGAGAAACGGUUAAUCCGUGCGAUCGGCCGGCUGGAGUUUAAACGAAAGCACAUGCAGAGGGAAGAAAAGUGGGUCAAACGGCUUUCCGAGAUGGGGUUCUCCCUGGAGGAAAUGAGUAAAAAAUUUAUGUCGAAUAAUGGGCGAAAUGCGGGUGGAAAGUCAUCCUCGACGGCACAGGAUAAAUCCCAAAGCGAGAAUUCGAACCUCUACGAGGUUCUUGGCGUCAAGCGGACGGCCACGCAGCAACAAAUUAAAGCGCAAUAUAAGAAACUCGCGAUGCUCUUCCAUCCUGAUGUGAUCGCACAGGGCGGUCAUCACCCAUCUGAACGUGAACAGCACGCCGCGCAGUCCAAAUUCGAGUCCAUCUCUCACGCCUAUCGCGUCCUAUCGAACAUGGAAAAACGUCGGGUUUAUGAUUUGAGCGGCAAUAACGGGGUGGCGAUGCAUGAAGGCCGUUUCGGUCGCUUUCUUUCGCGGACGCCGGAAACGAUGGUUCAGAGCAUCUUCGGCGGCGAGGCCUUUCGGCGGACGCUGCUCGGCGAACUCCUUCGCUCGCACUGGACGCUACGAUCCGAGGCCCAAGUGAGUGUUUCCCUCAAUCAAUUCGAGGAACUAAUAUGCAUUCGCGUCCGCCAAAUUGCGCUCGAGCUCGCCGCCAUCGCGGACGUCCAUGCGAAAGCCGAGGAAACCAACGAAAAGGCCCCUCCGAAAGGAAAUCGCGUCCAUCCCGAGCGGCCCUAUGGUGAAUCCAAGCACGAAACCGCAAAUUCUCCGAGGCGCCCUUCCAAUACCGAAUUCCCCUCAUCCUCUAAUAUAAAAAAUAACACCGAUAAGAACCAUCCAACCUCGGGGUUGGAGCUCUGCCCUGGCAGCAACGCAUACAACAACUUCUCGAAGGACUUCGAGAAGCGCUGUGAGCGCUUUGUCGACCGCCUUUCCGAGGCCUGUUUUGGCCGCGAGCUGCUUUACGAAGUCGGCGAGGCCUACGUUGUCAGCGCGCAGCGCUUUCUCCACCUCCGCCCUUUUUACGCGCCGAAGGCGCUUUUAUAUCGCAAGAUGAUGAUGGGCGUUAACCGCCUUAUGAAGGCGGUCCUGGAGAAGAAAGACGAGGCAGCUCUAGGAACCGGGCAGAACGCGUUUGCCAAGCGGAUUUUAAUUGAGUAUUUUAACAUGGAGUACGAUAACGUCGUGGCGGAUGCCCAUAUCUCGCUGCGGUUUGCCGUUCAGAUGGUCUUGCAGGAUACCACGCAAAGCGCGGAGGUGCGAAAGCGGCGGAGUUAUGCGGUUUGGUGGAUUGGAAAGAAGAUGAUGGAGAAGGGCUCGGAGUGGAAUUUUGGCACGCGCGAUGAUGGGGACCUCAUCGCGUACGUCCAGCAGGCCGCAAACUCCCCCGCCACUACCGGUAAACCACCAAAAUUCUAA